AGAGUUUGACAGAGGAGUGAAGGGAAAAUGGAGAGAAGAGAGAAUGAGAGAGCAGUGCUGCAUGCGGUAACAGAGCAUCACUCUGUUCCUGUGGGUUCAGCCAGGAAGAAGAAGAAGGGUGGGAACAAGAACAAGAGGAGGUUCAGUGAUGAGCAGAUAAGGCUGCUGGAGACGAUGUUCGAGGCCGAGACGAAGCCGGAGCCGGUGAAGAAGGCGGCGCUGGCCAGGGAGCUGGGGCUGCACCCCCGCCAGGUCGCCAUUUGGUUUCAGAACAAGAGGGCUCGCUGGAAAGCCAAGCAGAUUGAGCAGGAGUACAGAGCACUCUGUUCCAGCUAUGACACUCUGUUGUCUCACUUUGAGUCCUUGAAGAAAGAAAAGCAGUCCUUGCUCACCCAGUUGCAGAAGCUAAGCGAUCUGCUGGAGAAACCCAAUGAAGAAAACAGGGGAAGGGAUGAAGAUUUGGGGAUGAGGGGAGGCACAGAGGGGGGUUCAGGUGAAAAUGGGAAUGCCCAGUACAAGUGUGAAGCAAAGCAGGGCUUCUCGGACAGAGGACUGAUGACGGAAAACAGAGCAUUCCUCUGUUUGGAUGAAGGGAAAGGUGAUGACAAGAGCAGAAGAGGCAUUAACGGAGAGUUGGCAUCUCAUGAUCAAGACCAGCUUCAGGGGAUGGAAAAGCACAUGGAUUUCUCAACCUCCCCUGAAGAAUGGUGCAGCGCUGCUUUCAGCUCAGGUGGUGUUGGGAUUUUUGAUCAUCAGGCUUGUCCAGGCAGCAGCUCACAGUGGUGGGAUUUCUGGACUUGAAGAUCAAAUUCAUGCAAUUCCACCAGUUCUUCAAAAUAUAAAGAACAAUCUCUGUUAAUUGUUCGGAAUGGGGGAUUUCUUGACUUCGAAUUUUUCGUGGAUCGACGAUGAUUACUUGAACAAGUCAAGGGACUGUUAAGUCGACGCCUAGCUUCGAGGAGAGUGUAAAAUCAACAUGGUACAUUCGGAAAUUAUUAGAUUAGACAAUUUAGACUCUUUUAAGUCUGUUUAUAUUUUAAACAACCGAUCAAAUUUUGAGAUUCGGAUCGAUAUCGAGUUAAUUUGACACAACCCGAUAAUGAUUACAGUCUAAAAACGAGAUUGAUUAUAUAAAAUAUGAUACGAUUAUGGAGUCUAAUUAAAUAAUUUUCGAAGAGUGUUCAAUCUAAA